AUGAAUGAAACAGACAUUAAACCACCGAAAUCAGUCUCUUUUUGGUUUUCAAUUCGUGUUGCAGUGGCUUUUGUUGGAUUUCUUGGUAUGGUUGCACAUUAUUCACAAAAGAUUAGUAUUGGUAUUGCUCUUGUUUGUAUGGUUAAUCAUUCAGCGAUUGAACAACCGAAAACUUCUAUUGCUAUGCCUCUUACACAGGCUGAUAUUGAUUGUCCUCGUCUGGAUAAUACUGCUCCAAUUGAAGGUCCUUAUCCUUGGACAAAAAAUAUUCAAGGUAUUGUCUUAGGUGGAUAUUUUUGGGGAUAUUUAAUUACUGAAAUACCUGGUGGAUAUUGGGCUGCUCGAUAUGGUGCUCGACUUAUAUUUGGCGGAGCUAUGAUUCUAGCUGGUAUUUUUUCAAUAGCUAUUCCUUGGGGUGCUAGUUUACAUUGGGGUGUAGUAUGGUUUUUACGAUUAGUUGUUGGAUUUGCACAUGGUAUUAUAUGGCCUUGUAUGGCUGCUAUUAUGUCACGUUGGGCACCACCUAAUGAAAGAGGAAAACUUAUUGGUUUUAUGAAUGCUGGUGCUCAAAUUGGUAAUGUUAUAACAUUAUCUAUUGGUGGUCUUAUGUGUUCAUGGAGUUUUGUUGGUGGUUGGCCAUUAAUUUUUUAUUCUACAGGUAUAUUGGGUCUUAUUUGGGGUAUUUUUUGGAUUUUCUUCUAUACGGAUUCACCAAGUGAUCAACGUUGUAUUAGUAAUCAAGAAAAAAAUUAUAUAUUAGAUUCUACACAAGAACAAUCAUCACAUCAUGAUCAAAAUGAAUUUCAAGCUCCAUGGAAACAAAUUUUAACAUCGCCUGUUUGUUGGGCACUUUUUAUUAUACAUACAUGUAAUAAUUGGGGUACAUACACAUUUCUUACAUCGAUUCCAAAAUAUAUGUCUGAAGUAUUAAAAUUUGAUAUUAAAUCAAAUGGAGUCCUUUCAUCGCUACCAUAUCUUAUGUUCUGGCUUAAUAUAAAUAUAUCUGGUGCAGUAGCUGAUAGACUCAUUCAAAAAGAGACUUUAACAACAACGCAAACAAGAAAAUUAUUUAAUGUAUUAGGAAAUUUACUUCCAGCAAUAUUCGUCAUUGGAUUAGCAUUUAUGACAUGUAAAAUUAAAUAUGUUGCUGUAGUUUUAUUAACAAUUGGUGUUACUUUUACUGGAUGUUGUUAUGGUGGUGGAUUUUUGCUUACAGCAAAUGAUAUUGCUCCACCUUAUGCAGGAAUUAUCUUUGGUAUUUCAAAUACAUUUGCUACAUUACCAGGUAUUAUAAGUCCAUAUGUUGUUGGUGCUCUUACAGGAAAAGAUCCAAACAAUUGGCGUUAUGUCUUUUUCAUUUGUGCAGCUAUCUAUAUUAUUGGUAUGGUUGUAUUCUUAUUCAUUGGAUCAGGUGAAGUACAACCAUGGGCACAAAAACGUCCUACUAAACCAGAAGAAAUACCUCUAUCGGAACCCACUGGUAUCUUAAUAACAAAAGAGUGA